AUGGCCAUGGCAGGCUUUGGCGGUGCAGAGCGGGCGCUGGCGGUCGAGGAGCCGCAGAUCCUGCUGCGGGACGACGCGCACGCGACGCACACGUGGCACCACCUGGUGCUGCUGCGGCGGCUGCGCGAGGCUGUGUGGGUCGCGUGCUUCCCGGACGAAGGGAUCGAGAGCAUCGACUUGGCUGGGCGGACGCUGCUGACGCUGGCCCCAGGGGCUCGUGUCGGGGACGCCCAGGCGGGCGACGUCAGGAUGUGCGACGCGACGUUGCCCGAGCGCCUGGCGUCGCUGCACGCACAGGCGGCACGACUGGCUGCCGUGCUGACUGGAGGUGCGGCCCCGACUGGGGGCACCAUCCCCCAGACCAGCUGGCGCGUGGCCGACACCUCAGCGGUCGAGUUCGGCGAGGAGGUGGCGGCCGACGUCGUCGAGGGCAUGGCGACGGGGGUGAAGCGAGGUUCAGUCGGGCUGGCGCUGCUGGGCCAGCCGGGGCGCUGGCUGGCCGUCGAGCUCGUGCCGAACAGCGAGAUGGGCGCGUGGCUGGUGGACAAGCACUCGGGAGCAGGCCGGGAUCCUCGGCUGGCGUCCUCGGCGUCGCACGACGCCGCUGCGGGUGCACAGCCCCUCGGCCUGGCCAUGCAGAACUUCAGGCCCGUCGAGCUUACCCAGAUGCCGUCGUGGCCCCACCCGGGGCCACGCGCGGUCGUCGAGCUGCUCCAGGGCAUCCACGCGCUGGGACUCACGACGGCGACGUACCACGUGCACUGGGUCCGCGAGUCCGGGGUGCACGCGGAGAGCGCCGUCGCCUGGGAGCACCGGAUGCUGCUGCAGAUCCUGGGGCUGGCGGUCGGAUACGACGGGCUCGACCCCGCCAACUGCGGCUCGCUGGAGCUGGCGGCCCGGCGGAUCGUGAUGAUCGAGCGGGCGGUGAAGGUCAACCCGAAGUCCCCAUGCUUCGACGGCCUGCACAAGAUGAUCGAGCACAACCAGGACGAGAAGGGGGGAGUGGCGACGCAGCAGUUCACGACCUACUUUGCGCAGCAGGCCGAGGUCGAGGCCCGCAUCCUCAAGCAGAACAGGCUGCUCCGGGAGGAGCUCGAGGCCAAGCGGAAGGAGAAGGACAAGAAGAAGCAUGGCAAGGACGGCGACAACUACGUCCGGCUGGUGCAGGGCACGUCCUUGCGGGAGCGGCUCCUCGGCGACUACGCCGUGGCCCUCUCCAGCCUGUCUCGGGCGCAGCCGCGACGUCCACUUCUUCGUGGGCUUCGUGGCAGUGAACUCGACUUCGAGGCGUGCUCGGCCUGGCAGCGCCGGGCCUUGCAGCGCGCCUCCGCGGCCUUGGAUCCUGUGCUUCAGGAUCUGCCGCUGGAGAGCGAGUCGGCCGCGCUGUCCGACAUCCUCCACUCAGAUGACUUGUGCACCUUGACUGGCGGUGCCGCGUUGGGCACCUAUGAUAUCUCUCGACUCCGCGUGGCUCGGGGCGACCUGCAGCCGAAGGAAGUAUCUUCCAUCACUUCGGCGACGGCUGCCGAGUUCAUCCUCGACCCAGCCACCCACAUUUUGAAGUCGGACGCCGAGCUGGCCUCCGACGUGGACAGCGGAGCGCUUAGAGGCAAGCCGUACUGGGACCCGGUUCUCAAAGGGUCCCGGCACAACAUGAUUGAGUUUCUGACGGCCUUGUCGGGCAGCGGUCUGCUCACCUGGCGGCGCCGGGUCCACAGUCGGGUCGGGUGCUUCUUCGUCAAGAAGAAGAACAACAUGCUCCGGCUGGUGCUCGACGCGCGGUGGACCAACAAGCUCUGCAAGCGACCACCGCUCUCGCGGCUGGCCGUGCCCAGCGCCCUCGCCCGACUUUCGACUUCGCCGGAGGCCGUGGCGAUCGAGGGGGCUGAGCUGAAGGCAGCCGGCGUCUCGGUGACGCCGGCCGCGGGCGGCGGCGACACCGAGCUGUGCGGGUUCAGCGUGGACCUGACCGACGGGUUCUACCAGUUCAAGUGCGAGACCAUGGCCAGCUACUUCGGCCUGGGCUUCGUCAGCACGGCGGCCGAGAUCGCCACCGACUUCGGAACGACUCUCACCGAGGUAUAUGACGAGCGGGCCGGGGGCCCUUCCCAGGUGGACGCUCACGAACGUCUCGAGGCCUGCUUCCUGGGCAUGGCCAUGGGCUGGAGCUGGGCGCUCUACUUCUGCAACGAGACGAUCAGCGACGUGAUGCGGCAGGCGCUCGAGCACCACCUGCUGCCGACGACCUUGGUUGGGGACCGUCAGCGGCCAGCGACUUUGCAUCCCUUGGCCCCGGCCAUGGCCCCGUACGUCGACAAUGUCAACAUGGUGGCGAUGGGGGUUCAGAAAGGGCGCGAGGUGUUCAGCACGGUGCUCCGGCUUCUGGCAGAGCGGGGCCUCGUCCUCCGCGACCACGUUGACGGCGAGCGGGACUUCGAGUUCCUCGGUAUGGUCCUUGAUGGCGACCGCCGCCGCCUGCGCCACACCGCGCGACGGUCGUGGCGAUUGUGGCUCGCGCUGGGACGGCUGCUUCGCUUGGGGCGCUGUUCUGGCGACGCACUUCGUGUUGUUCUGGGGCACCUGUGUCAUCACUUUGGGCUUCGUCCUACGGGACUCAGCUGCUUGCAGUUCGCGUACCGAUUUGCCUUCGAUCACGGGGGGAACGUGCGUCCGCUCUCGUCGACUGUGUGGGACGAGCUGUGGAUCUGCCGCUCACUCGUGCUGACGGUGGACGUCGACCUGAAUCGCAGUUUCUCUAGACACCUGUUCUGCUCGGACUCUUCUGGCGACGGCUACGCCCUCCACGAGGCCCCAGCAGCGCCUCGGGAGGUAGCGGGGCUCGCGCGCUGGAAGGAGCGCUGGAGGUUCCGCGAGGUUCUGCAGCCUGGCGGGGUGUCGGCCGGCGGCGAGGCCCCCAGUGAGCCCGCCGCUGGGUGGGCCGGCAUCGGCUCGGCUUGGGCGGACGGGAUGCUUGGCCCCGCGGCCCCAGAUCAGCGGCCUGCGGCUGCCGACCUGAUGUGCGUGGAGCGGCAGCCGAGGGUGAUGUCCUUCAGCAAGACGGGCAUCCCGGCCGUACCGCAGACGGUCACGCACCCAGGGCGCUGGCGGCUGGUGGUGGCCGGGGCGUGGUCUGGGAGCAGCACAAGGCUUCCGAUCCACAUCCUCGAGUGCCGGACCUCGCUGAUGGGGCUGCGACGCGCGGCUGUCUGUCGCGCGGCCGAGGACUCGAUCGUGGUCUCGCUUGGUGACAACAUGGCGGACGUGCUGGCCACCGAAAGGGGCCGAGCCUCCGACUUCGGCCUGAACGCUCUCUGCCGACAGUCGUGUGCGUGGCAGUGGGCGGCGGGCGUUGACUGGAGGCGACGGCGCGUGGAGUCGGCGCGGUGUGUGUCCGACUUUGACUCCCGCCGCGCCAACCGGGGCGAGCUCAUGCCAGGCGAGACCUUCGACUGUCAGGAUCGCUCGGGGAAGUUUUCCGCUUGUGGCGCGGACGCGGUCUCCUCGGGAGUUGCCGGUGAGACUCGUCCCGGCCAUGCGGCGGAGCGCCAGGCUCCCGCGGCUGCGCGGCCUAGGAGGCGCUUCUUUCUCGAGCUGUUCGCUGGUCACGGGCAUCUCAGCGGCGCCGUGCUACACACCGGGCUCGAGGUCGCAGCCCCGUUUGAGAAAAAGAACGGUGCCCACCUCGACCUUCUCGACCCGCGCAUCAUCAGCCUGGUCCUCCAGUGGAUUGCCCAGGGGCGUGUCUGGUGGAUCCACUUUGGGACUCCCUGCACUUGGGCUUCGCGGGCGAGGUCUACGGGGUCAUCGCAGUCUGCAGCGGCCGUCUCGGGGCGCGAGUGCGCAGAGGUCACCGUGAGGUUCCUGAAGGCCAUCAAGAGAGCCCUCAACAAGCACCUCAUCUACAUCACACUCGAGAACCCUGCUACUUCGGCCCUCUGGGAGUGGGAGCCCCUUAGUCAGGCCCUGUCGUCGCUGGAGGCCAAGUUCGUUGAUUUCGACAUGUGUAGGUUCGGCACACCGUAUCGGAAGGCCACUCGCUUCGCUUUCACGCUACCGCGUCUUGAGGAGUAUAUCCAGCUUCGGUGUUCGUGUUCUGGGCCUCACCUCAUCUUGCAAGGAAAGGUAACGAUCCCAAACGACAACGGAUUCCGCAGUGUGUGGCUCACCGAGCUCGCGGGCAAGUACCCGCCGCGCCUGUGCCGGGCGGCGCGGCGCUUGGCCAUGGCGUCCCUGCCUGGAGGUGGACCGCCCUGGAGGCCUCCAGUCGCUCUCGGAGGGCGCUUGCCGGGGUUUGUGCGCCUCGAUGCCCGUGCCGAAUGGUCUUUGGGUGGGAGCACGCCGUGGGCAGCUGGGGCGUCAGUUGUCCCGCCAACUGGCGACACGUCGGCCCCGGAUGUCUCAACCCAGGCUUCCCGGGAGGCCAAGAGGGCGCGGACAGCCGACACCGUGCCAGACCCUCCCCCGCGACGGCGACCAGCGGUGGCACCAGCAGCGGACCAGGCGCCGACCCCGGACGCUCUAGUGCUGGCCGCGACCCAGCCAGACGGGGAGGCUCCGACGCCGCUGCGCCGCCCCGCGACCGCCCUCGCGACGCCCGCGCGGCGCCCAGCGGCGGCCGCGCCGGCCCAGCGCGAGGAGCGGGCCGCCCGCAGGGCGAGUGCGGCGGCGAGCGCGGUGGCUGCCGCGGCGCCGGCCCUCACGGACCUGACGCAGGUCGAGGCGCAGUCCGUGUCGGAGGAGACCCGCCGGACCUACGCCAAGGCAUACAACGCGUUCGAGCUCCACGCGGUCCAGCACGGCCUGCAGCUGCACAGGAUGAGCACAAACACCCUCGACGAGGCGGCGGCGCAGUACAUCAACGACGAAAUGUACCUGAAAGGGCUCGACGUCUCCGCGCCCCGCAACCUGCGGUGCGCGAUCAUCUUCGUGAAGGCGCUGCCCAAGGGGUCGCUUCCGCGCUGCCAGCGGGCCAUCAAAGGUUUCCUCAAGGACGACCCGCCCCGGUCGGAGGAUCCGUGCCCGAUCGAGGCCGCCGCCAUCUUGGCCUUCGACCUCUUGGGGCAGCCGACGGUCACGGCGGCCGCCGCCGGGCUCGCCUUUCUCACGCAGUACGACACGUUCGCGCGGCCCUCGGAGAUCUUGAACCUGAAGAAGGAAGACGUCAUCGUGCCGAGCGCCGCCAACUACAAGCAGACCUGCAUCAUCGUGGCCCCGCAGACGGCCAAAGGCAGCUCGACGCCGGCGAAGCCGGCAAAGUCAGGCGAGUUCGACGACACCGUCGUCGUGGGGCUCGAAGGGCUCGGGCUGCCGUUCGUCCCUCAGCUGCUGCAGUCCCUCAGAAGCCAGGCGCCCAAAGGCUCGAAGCUCCUGGCCCCGCUGACGCUGCCUCGCUACGAGAAGGAGAUCAAAGAUGCGGCAGUGCGCUGCCGCCUGACCGACCUGAACAUCACGCCGCACUCAGCCCGCCACGGUGGGCCGUCCACGGCCGCCCACCGGAAGUUGCUCAGCCUGGCGGAGAUCAAGAAGAGGGGCCGUUGGCUCACGUCCAAGUCGGUGGCCCGCUACGAGAAGACCGGAAAGCUCCUCCGCCAGGUCGCCGUCAUGGGAACCAGGGACGUCGCUCGCGGCUUGCAGCUCCUGGAAGGCAAGCGCGGCCCAGCCUCCUCAGAGCUGGCAGCUCGCGCGCUGCUGGUGGCCAAGAAUAUCCACCGGCUGCGCCGAGGCGUGCCGGUGCGCGCCUGA